CGAAAAGGGGGAUUUCUGAGCAACCUCGAGUUGAGCCACAGGUCAGUCUCCCUUUUGAAUUGGUAGUUGUGGGUGUUGAUUGUGGUUAGAAAGUUCGUAUAGUAGUGUUUUUCUCUUGCUUUUUUGGUUGGUAGCGAGGAGUAAAGACAGAAGAACAAGGGGACCACUCGACUGGAUUCCACAUCGAUAUUGCCCCUGAAUCUGACGGUGAGUAGCUGAAUCUUCUGGAUAGAAUUAUCAUUACCUUUGGUUGCAAAAACCCUAGAAUUGAAUAAUGUCAAUCGUUGCUUUUUUCGAGUUGUUUGUUAGUUAAUGAUUAAAGAAUUGUUAAUUGGGAUAGUGGUGAUUAAAAAACUGAUUAAGGCUGUUACAGAUGGCUGAUUCAUUGGAUGAGGCUUUUGGAGAGAAUGAUCCAGAUGCUGUUCAGGAUAGUCCAGUUGCUUCCUUGGCUGCACAUGAUGGUGUCGAGGCAUCUGUUGCUCGAGAAAUAUACCAUGUUUACGAUUCAGAAGAUGCAGACACUUCUGAUGAAGAGUACCAUGAAGCAAUGGAAAAUCUUAGAGCCUAUGGGGAGAGUAGGAGAAGGAAGGUGAAGGCACGUAUUGAUGGCCAUGGAGAGGAGGUCGAACAACUUGAUGUUUUGGAGGAGGAUGAAUCCUCUGAUGAUGACUCUGAGGAGGAGGAUGGAUUGGCUGGGGAUAAUGGUCAGAAUGGGGACAAUGGUGUGAAUGAAGAUGUGAAUGAAGGUAAUGGUGUUAAUGAAGGUAAUGGUGUGAAUGAAGAUGUGAAUGAACCGGCCAAGGUACCUCCAAUGCAAGAAGCUAGGCCACCAGACUCGAACCAUUCGAGUUAUAGGCUCUCUGAGGAUUCCAACCAUGUAAGAGCCAAUCUUUCUGAUUCGGAAGGUGGGGACAUCUUCGACGAUGCACCGCAAUACGAUCCACAUUGUAACCACAAGGUUCUCCAGUUCGUGCCGCGGAUGAAGUUUGUAAGUCCUGAGGAAUUUAAGGCAGCUGUGGUUCGCCACUCUGUAGCACAUGGGGCCGGUUUGAGAUGGAUUAGGGUUGAGAAAUCAAGAAGAGAGGUCAAAUGCAAGGAUAAGAACUGCAAAUGGAGGGUAUAUGCUAGCUGGUUCAGGCGAAAUCAGAGCUUCAUGGUGAGGAAAACCGGGCUGCCGCAUUCUUGUGCAAGACAACUGCGGGUUAACCAAGUCACUGCCCACUGGAUUGCACAGGAUAUGCUCGAGAGAUUCAGAAUUAAUCCGGAGUGGGCGCCAACUCAAAUCAUGGCAGAGGUAAAAUUGAAACAUAAUAUAGAGGUGGCUAGAAGAACCUGCUAUAGAGCCAAAAUAAGUGCUAUCAAAAUGUUGAGUGGUUCACUUGUGGAAGAUUAUCACAUGGUGAGGUCUUACUUGGGAGAGUUGAAAAAGAGAGAUCCUAGAGGGAACUUCAUUCUUGGAGUUGAGCCGCACCCUUCAGAAGACAAGGUGUACUUCCAAAGAUUUUACAUAGGAUUCUCUGCAUUAAGGGAUGGGUUUCUUGAAGCGUGUCGUCCGAUGUUCGGAUUGGACGGAUGUUUUUUGAAGGGAGAAAUUAAAGGCAUGCUUCUAACGGCAGUUGGUAAGGAUAGCAACAACCAAAUGUACCCAAUUGCUUGGGCAGUUGUAGAGGGAGAAAACACAAACUCAUGGUUGUGGUUUGUGAACACAUUAGCUCAAGAUUUGGAGCUUCGGGAUGGUAGGGGGUGGUCUGUCAUAUCGGACCAGCAAAAGGGGUUAGUGGAGGCAUUACAUGACUUGUUACCCGAGGCCGAACAUCGUAAGUGCGCAAGGCACGUGUAUGCUAACUGGAAAGUCAAGAACAAGACAGAUAGGGGGAGAAAGCUUUUCUGGAAAGCAGUAUACUCUUGCAAUGAGGUUGAUUGGAAGAAUGCCACAACUGAAAUGGAAGGUAUUGAAGGUGAGGAACAUGGUACAACCCCCUUCACUGAUUUCAUGAAUGCAGAACCUAGGUCCUUUUGCCGUGCAUUCUUGUCUACCUUACCAAAGUGUGACUCGGUUGAAUCUAAUAUUUGUGAAACUUGGAAUGGGGUGAUUUUCAAGUAUAGGGGAAUGCGAAUCAUUGACAUGUUAGAGGGAAUUAGAGGGUAUGUUAUGGAUAGGGUUGUUGUGAAGUAUGAGAUGAUGUUGAAUUGUACCGAUCUGUUAUGCCCUAGAAUUAGAAAAAGGAUAGAGAAGGAAAAGGAGGUGGCAAGGUUAUGCACUGCAAGACAGACUUUGCAUGAUAAGUGUGAGGUCAAGAUAGGUGCUGCAGGUUACAUAGUCAGAACCUGUCCUCUGAAUUGAGGGGUUGGAAUCCAAGUAAGCUAUCUACAUGAAUGAUGAAUUAUGUAUGCUAUGAAUCCAAGUAAGCUAAAGUAUAUGGAAUGGUUGCAUAGGAUGUUAGACUCAAUGUUAGCGACUGAAGAAUGAUUGAACGCGAGUUACGAAUUGCCACAUCCGGGAUAGGAGUAUAUGUUAACGAGACUACCGGUAACCAAUACGUUAGAGUGAGUACCUGCUUUCUCAAUAAUGAAUAGAACAUGUUAUUGUUGUAUGCACAAAGGCUUAUUUUAACAUGACAUGGUUUCAGCUCAAUGGCGCUCAAGGACGGCCAGUUCGAGGCUCUCAACCCACUGAGAUCGAGAUGCAUGGUAGCCAGCCCCCCAACACUCAACCUUAGACGGAUAAAGGCAUUAUUUUUUG